AUGAGCAGUCUUGAUGCCCCUAAAGUGACAAAAACUGCGUGUGGCUCUUUUCCUCCUGAAUCGAAAAGGAUACAAAGUCACAGACAAGUAGGAAUUAUAUUCAAGAAAACUGCUCGGUGGCAGCAGAAACAGAGCUGCACAGCCAAGCUGUGUGACUUCACGGAGGAUCAGACAGCUGAGUUCAAGGAGGCCUUCCAGCUGUUUGACUGCAUGGGGGAUGGAAAGAUCUUAUACAGCCAGUGUGGGGACAUGAUGAGGGCCUUGGGCCAGAAUCCCACCAAUGCUGAGGUGCUCAAGGUCUUAGGGAAUCCCAAGAAGGAUGAGAUGAAUGUGAAGGUGUUGGACUUUGAACACUUUCUGCCAAUGCUGCAGAUCGUAGCAAAGAAUAAGGACCAGGGCACAUAUGAAGACUAUGUAGAGGGGCUUCGGGUGUUUGAUAAGGAAGGGAACAGCACAGUCAUGGGCGCUGAAAUACGGCACGUCCUUAUCACUCUGGGUGAGAAGAUGACUGAGGAAGAAGUGGAAGUGUUGGUGGCAGGGCAGGAGGACAGCAACGGUUGUAUGAACUAUGAAGAGCUAGUCCGGAUGGUGCCAAAUGGCUGA